GUUUGUCUUCAACCAAGGAAAGAAGAUAUAGGGUAGGAGGCAUAGUUUGAAUUCUACAUUGACAAUGUAACAGGGAAACAUUAUUAAAAUAUUAAGAUCUGAAUAUUACCUAGCGGAUAUCCUAAACCACCACUGAAUCAUCAAUUAAAAUAUGCGCAGAGGGACACUUUCAAAGGAGCCAUUAAGGCAAUACAAAGUAAUCAGGCGUCAUAGACACCACCCGAUCCGUUGUUGAGGGAGGACAAAACGGACGCAUAGGACAUUACAACGUACGUUUUGUGAAGGCGAAGGUUCCCAUGAAGACCGCUGUAUAUAAGCAUGUAUGGUUCUUCAUCUCCUUCGACUCAGACCUCCAAACACUAAUCUUAUUAAUUACCAGACAUGGCUGCCUCCCUUCACAAGUUGUCCUCCUUCAUUGCCUUCCUCUGCCUCGCCCUCUUGCUUUCCUCUCCCAACGAUAAUGUUGAAGCAAGGCUUUGUCGAAGCCGUAACAGAGACUUUUCCGGAAUUUGCACCGACAGUGGUCAUGGUGAUAGUGUGUGCCGCAGUCACGGUGCUGUUUCGGGAAGUUGCCACGCUGAUGGUCUCGGAUUCGCUUGCUUCUGCGACAACAAUUGUAAGAAGUGAAAGUCUCACGCAUCUGAUCACUCCCUUUGACCAUCAAGUUGAUCCAUCGACCUUUGAUGCCACUUCCUUUUCCUUUCGACUCUAUUGUAUGAAAUCAAUUAAUCGUGCCACUGUUAAAUUAAGCACUACGUGCAUGGAUGCUUUGUUAAGCAAUGCGAUUUCAUGUGCCUGCGUUUUUUUUUUUUA